UUAUUUUAUCAGUUUUUGUUAUUGCUUUUAAGGUCCUAGAAAACAAUUCUUUUAAGUCUUUCCUGGUGUUGCUGAAAGAAUGGACGAGGAUGAUAAUUUAGACCUGUUAGCUUCUCUCUUAGUAAAGAAUGAAGCAGAAGAAGAUUCUGCAGGGAAUGAAAGAGCAGCUGAAGAUCAAGAUGAGUAUGAUUUACUCUUUGAGGCAGAAGAUGAUGAGUCCUACACCGAGGAGGUGGAAGCGGAAGAGUGGGGGUCCACUUGUAACCAGGAAAAUGUGGCAGAGUUGUUUGGUGACGUGACUGACCUGUUGGAGGAAGAGGAAAAAGAGGAGAAUGGUCAGAAGAUGCCCUAUCCAGUAGCUCUUGAUCAAGUGAAAGAACAUUCCAAUGAAGGUCUUCAAGAGGAGCUGAGAAAAUUGCAAGAGCAGAUGAAAAAAUUACAGGAACAGUUACAAAUGACAGCGAUAGGGAAGCCAGCUGAUUCUGAUCCUUGCAAGAAAACAUCCGGUAAAUCAACUGCUGCUGUCAUUAAAGAAAGGACUCUUUCAAAUGUUCAAGAAUGGCCAUCUUCUGCCCAGCUGAGCUGUCCAGCUUUACCACUGUCAAAAAGCCAAUGCCCAAAACCCAAACCUGCCAUUGCAGCGAAUAAGAGCCAUGCUUCAAAACCAACACCUAGUCUGCUCUCUCAACCACUUAAGUCCAUUGCUGGAAACAGACUGGCUGUGGGUUCCAGUAAGAAAACUCAAGUGCCAAAAAGUUCUGAGGUCAAAAGUCAAGAUGUCUCCAUGGAAAUCUACUCUGGACUGAGAUUAAGAAAACCCCGUGUAUCUUCAGCUGAGAUGGAAAGAAAAAUGACAGGUCGUAAGUUCAUUAGACUUUCUCAAGUGCAAGACAAACUAGUCUCAGUAAAUCUUGAGGAAAUCGAUUGGGUAACAUUUGGCGUUAUAAUAAAGAAGGUCACUCCUCAGAGUUCCAAUAAUGGUAAAACUUUCAGCAUCUGGCACCUGAAUGACCUACGUGACUUCAGCAGAUCUGUCUCACUAUUCCUGUUUGGUGAUGUUCACAAAGAACUUUGGAAGACAGAUCAAGGCAUGGCCGUAGGCCUCCUCAACGCUAAUCCAAUGAAACCUAAAGAAGGAUCAGCGGAGGUGUGUGUAUCUGUCGAUCAUGCUCAGAAGAUCCUGAUUUUGGGGGAAGCCAUGGACUUGGGAACCUGUAAAGCGAGGAAGAGAAAUGGAGGGCCUUGUACUCAGAUCAUUAAUCAGCGUGAAUGUGAAUAUUGUCAGUAUCACAUACAGUCCCAGUAUCGAAAGCUGAGCUCGAAGCGAGCAGACCUACAGGCCACUUUCUCCAACACCUGGGCGCCAAAGAGGACAGCAAGAAGGAACCUCGGCUUGAAAGAAAGGCUUUGUCAAGACAGUUUUUACUACGGGGGUGUUUCCUCUGCAGCUUAUGCUGCUUCCGUGGCUGCCGCUGCUGCUCCCAAAAAGAAAAUCCAAACCACACUGACCAGUUUGGUUGUGAAAGGAGUUGAUGCAAUCCUACAGGAAACCAAAGAAAAACUGGGUUUCCAGAAGCAAUCAUGUUCAGAAGAGUUCAAAGGACUGUUGGCAGUGCCCUCUUCGGGAGCACGGAACCUCAACAAACACUUUGCCCAAGCUGGUGCACUGGGAUCUACUGGGAAGCCAACCCCAGCUUUCCACUCCAUCUCUGCUUCAGCUCUGUUAAAGCAACAGAAGCGGCAAAUGUUGGAUACCAGGAAGAGACGGUCUGAAGAACUGACAAGGAGGUUUCUUCAGAAUACUCCUGUUAUAAAGACCUCAGAGUUACCAUCUUCGGUGGGACAGGCUGUGCUACAGUCCCCAAUUCCGGGGGCCGAGUUUCCUAAAGCUGGAAAACUGUCCAGCCCCCAGACUCCAAGACUUGGUUCAGGUCUCUCUGAAGGGGAUGACGUUCUCUUCUUUGAUGAUUUGUCUCCUCCACCCACCAAACUGAGCCGCUUGGCAGAAGCGAAAAAGAUUGCAGCGAUAAAGAAACUGCGUGCAAAAGGCCAGAUCCUUUCCAAAGUAGAUCCAAAUAGUGUCAAACGGAAACGAUCAGACCUUGAUGUUCCAGGGAUUUCUGAGAGAGUUGAGAAAAAUAUCACUGUUUCAGAAGAUGCUGAAGCAUUAGAGCCUGUCAAAAAGAAACAGCGCCAGCAGCUUGAAUACCUGGAGUCUGAUGAGUUUCAAGAGAUAUUGAGUGCUCAAUCUAAACAUACAGGUGUCCUUAAGGAGUUUGAGGCUGAGCUGCAGGAACGUUACUUUGAGCCCUUGGUGAAGAAAGAGCAAAUGGAAGAGAAGAUGAGGAAUAUCCGAGAAGUGAAAUGUCGCGUGGCAACGUGCAAAACGUGCAAGUACACCUAUUUCAAACUGCUGGAUUCGUGCGUGACAGAACAUCACGAGUAUCACUGGCACAAUGGGGUGAAGCGAUUUUUCAAGUGUCCUUGUGGGAACAGAGCCAUCUCCCUUGACAAGCUCCCAAAAAAACACUGCAGCAACUGCGGCCUCUUUAAAUGGGAACGUGAUGGAAUGCUCAAGGAGAAGAAAGGCCCCAAGAUUGGGGCAGAAACUCUUCUGCCAAGAGGAGAAGAACAAGCCCAGUUUCUCAACAGCAUGAACUAAUGGCUGUUUCCCUCUUGGGCAUUUGGCUAUUGAAUUUCCCACCCGUUUCUGGAAAACUUCUCAGGUCCCUUCUUGCAAGACAUUCUCAUGCUGCCAUCUUUCCUCUAUAAAUGACAGUCUGCUCAGAAUAACUUUUAUAUUGCUUUGAAACCAGGAACAGAUGAGCCUAAUCCUUCUUCAAGGUCGCACUUCAUUGGAUUUUGGCAGAAGUGCCUGUUUUCUCAGAUAUCAACUGGCAUGUUUAGAGGAGAACCUUGAAGUCAUUUCCUUGGAACUUCAGUGGAAGUUUCUCUGAUAUUUUUGCAGUUCGGGAUGUAGCUGAAGAAUAUUCAGUUCUAUUUUCUGAGGCUCAGUCGUGCCUGGAGAAAUAC